UGGCUCUCCUCUACAGCUGAUGUUUUGUUUAUCAAUUUUCUGAUGUGUAACUAAUGGAAACGGCGUGCACUGCCUGCACUUUUCCGCCGAUUGCGCCCAAGCAAAAUGCUGCACGCCGACCUGGUGCUGGGCUCCUUGCUGCUGGUGUCCGUGUGCGUCCUGGGCGAUCGUGUGUGCGGACUGUCAGUGCUGCAGGCGAGCAAAUGGGCGGCCCUGAAGGCCCUGGCUGACUCGGUGACCCACGGCCUCGUCGGCGGACUCUCGUGGUGGAUCCUCGUCGGCAUCCAGUGGCCGCACACGCCUACGGUGUCGCGACUCCUGCAGACCGUCUGGGUCACCUUCCUUGCCUCGGCCGUCGAUCUGGACCACUUCGUCGCCGCCGGCACGCUUAACAUUCAUGAGGUGGUGCGUCUGCCGCACCGGCCGCCGCUCCACUGCACGGGGCUGUGCGCGGUGGCUUUCGGCGCGCUGCUCGUCUGCGCCCGCUUCUACCCCGGCAUGCACCUGCUGCCGUGGCAGUGGCUGCUGGCCUUCUCGACGCACCACGUGCGCGACGCCACCCGCCGCGGCCUCUGGCUGGUGCCCGGCCUCUGGUCAACGAGGCCGCUACCCUACGGCCUCUACUUGGCCCUCGAGGUGGCCGCCGCGCCCCUCGUAGCCUUAAUUGCACCCGAAACCGCCCUCAGAGGUGCUGCAACGAGUCCGAACAAGCUUGCUGCGCUCAUCUGAACGUGCCAUUUAAUUUAAUGCGUGGGACAAUCAGAGACGGAAAGUACUCGUUUCAUUGGUAAUAAUUGUUGUGAGCUUUUUACUUAAAUGUGAUUUAGCAAGGUGUGACAUUUUACAAAAUAUAGUUUUUUUGUAUUAAUAUGUGCACGCUGAUAAUUUAUUUAUAAAAAAUGUGCAAAACACACAGUAAAUUUAAGUUUUUUACAAUUA